AACUCCCUCUCUGUAGACAGGGACAAAACCAUGUUCCACCUUUGACAUUAAGACGCUGAAAGCCUAUCCACUUCAAGAAGACACGUGCCCCGAUAUUCCCAAUUAUUUAAUUCACCGCCUGUUACAUUCUCAGUAUACGGUAAAGGGCAAAAAAGAGAAUAACGCCAAUCCCCUAUGCCCUGUUUGGUAAACCCACUAAAACGAAAAUUCAGAAACAAAAUCCCUAAUACCUAAAUUUCGAGUCUCCUUCCCCAGAUCCCCAAAUUCAAUUUCCUCUAUCAAAUUUUGAGGGUUUUUUUCACAUCAAAACACAGAGAAGAAAAAUGCCUCAGAGACACUCGAAGAACAACAACGAUUUAGCAUUCUUCACGUACGAUGAGAAGAGGAAGCUAGGGUACGGGACGCAGAAGGAGAGAUUGGGCAGAGAUUCGAUUAAACCAUUCGACGCUUGUUCUCUCUGCUUGAAGCCUUUCAUUGAGCCCAUGUCUUGUCUUAAGGGCCAUGUUUUCUGCAAAGAAUGCAUUCUCGAAUGCCUUUUGGCUCAAAAGAAAGACAUCCAUAGAAAGCAAGCAGCCCAUUCUGCUCAACAGAAGCAAGAAAAAGAGGAAGAAGAGGAGAAGCUAACGCUACAAAAGGCUAGAGAACUCGACGCAUUCGAUCAACAGAACCACAGUGCAGUACCUCAGUACACUGGUAAGAACUACAACAGAGACAAGAACGGUUUCCAAGGUGCCAACAGUGUAAAAGCCACCUCGUACGAAGAGGAAGCUCUCCGCACCAUGAAGGCGUUUUGGCUGCCCUCUGCAACACCCCAAGCUCCUAAAAAAGUGGACGCUCCAUCGACCGACACCUGUUGUCCUGAAGGGAGCGAAAAACUCAGGCUGAAGACCCUUUUCCCCAUCUCUUUCACAGAGGAUAAAACCGAGCAGAAGCGGGCGUGUUCGCUCGACAAGACCUACAUCUGUCCUAGCUGUAAGGUCACCUUAACCAACACUUUGCCACUUGUCGCGUUGAAUUCUUGCGGGCAUGUUUUCUGUAAGAAGUGCGCGGAUAAUUUCAUGGCGGUGGACAAGGUUUGUCUGGUCUGUGAUAGGCCGUGCAAAGAGAGGAAUCUUAUCAAUUUGGCCAAGGGGGGAACUGGUUUUGCAGGCCAUGGGGAUCAUCUUGAAGCAACGGAGUUUAAGCACCUGGGAAGUGGUUCGGGCCUCGGGCUUGUGAGGCCUGCUAUGAAAACUUGAUCCCUUGAUGCAAUAGGUUCAGUUUAAAACAUUAUUAUUACCCUCUUUCUGACUGGUUAAUGUUGGGUGGUGUGUUUUUUUUCUUUUCUUUUUUAAAUCUGUACUAUAUAUAUGAAAUCAAAUCUUAUCCAGUCUAUAUUUCUUAUCUAAAACAGACAGGGUAUUUUAAGGAUUUAUGUAAUGUGGUUGUCUCUAUCAGUUUGCU